AUGGAGGAGCUGCGCGUCGGAGGCCUGCUGGGCCUCGUGGACGACCACCACCACCAUCACCACCACCACCACCACCACCUGGCGGCGGCUGCCGCGGCGCACCACUCGGCUGCCGCCGCGCACCACGCCGCCGCCUCCGCCGGGGGCGGCAACGCCUCCGGCGGCGGGGGCGGAGGCGGCUCGGCGUCGUCGCACCACCACGACAGCAAGCGCGGCAUCAAGUCCGGGGCGGCGGGCGGCGCCUCCGGGGGCGGAGCGGGCUCCGGCGGCGGCGGAGCGGGCUCGGCGGCGGCCGCGGCGGCGGCGGCGGCCGCGGCGGAAGACUUCUCGGCGCUGUACGCGCUGCCGCCCCCGCACGCGGCGGCGGCGGCGGCUGCCGCGGCGGCGGCUGCGGCGGCCGCUGCCGCCUCCGCGGGAGCGGACCAGACGCCGCCUCCGGCGCAGCAGCCUCCCCCACAGAGCGCAGCCGGGGGCGGUCAGCACACGCCCCCGACGCCGCUCGGCCGCAACCUGGCGGACCACGCCGGAGCCGAGGGCGCCUUCAAGAAGCUCAAGCCGGAGCCGGCGACCGCGGCGCUGCUGGGGGGCGGCUCUGGGGGCGGACCGUCGCCCGCGCCGCCCCCGCACGCCGGCCACACGCCUACCACUGCCUCCUGCCCCACGCCCGCGCGACGUCGCCACAGGACCACCUUCACCCAGGAGCAGCUGGCUGAGCUCGAGGCGGCCUUCUCCAAGUCGCACUACCCAGACAUCUACUGCCGCGAGGAGCUGGCUCGGACCACCAAGCUCAACGAGGCCCGCAUACAGACGAAGAAGCAGAGAGAAUUUUUUUCGACGGGGAGAAAUCACAAAGGGAGCCCCAAAUGGGGAUUCGUUGGUAACCCAAGCUGUGACUGUGAAGCAGCUGAGCAAACUGUGGACCACAUCACAAAAGCGUGCCCUACUAGGAAAUUCUGCGGAUCAGAAGAGGACUUCAUAGAAGCUACACCUGGAGCUAUGAAGUGCGACCAAGAACUGGUCAUCGAGGUGUAA